CAGAGACAUUCUCCAGGGUCUGACUUCAGCUCUACCGCCACCAUGAUUAAGAACUUCUCCAGCAGCAGCUAUGCACCCGGCUUUAGCCAACGAGGAAGCUCCAUCAGCCUGCGCCAGGCCCCUGUGCCCACUGUGGCCCGGGCUUCCAGCUUGUAUGGAGCGAGCAGGGGUGUCACCAUGUCUGUGGCCCCCUCAACCUUCAGUGCUGCUGGGACUAACCUGGCGUCCAGCUUCGUCUACGGCUCUGGCUCGGUCACUGGUGGCAACUUCUCCCUGAACGACGCCCUGGACACAAACACAUUGGGUAACGGCAAGAUGGCCAUGCAGAACCUGAAUGACCGUCUGGCUGCCUACCUGGAGAGGGUCCGUUCCCUGGAGAAGGCCAAUGCUGCCCUUGAGUUGCAGAUCCACGAGUUCCUGGAGAAGCGUGGGCCUGUCCAACGGGACAUGAGUGCCUAUGAGGCGGCCAUCGCUGACCUCCAUGCCCAGAUUCAGGAUGCCACCCGUGAGAACGCCAGCAUCUACCUGAGCAUUGACAACGCCAAGCUGGCUGCAGAUGACUUCAGGGUCAAGUAUGAGACCGAGCUGGCCCUGAGACAGUCUGUGGAGGCUGACAUCGCCCGCCUGCGUAAGCUACUGGAUGAGAUGACCGUGGCCAGGGCUGACCUGGAGAUGCAGAUUGAAGGCCUGAAGGAGGAGCUCAUCUACCUCAAGAAGAACCACGAAGAGGAACUCAAGGCCAUCCACAAGCAGUCCGGAGAUGUGAACGUCGAGGUUGAUGCUCCCGCCCAAGUGGACCUCAGUGCAAUCCUUGCGGAAGUGCGCCAGCAGUACGAGAACUUGAUCGCCAGGAACCAGAAGGAAGUGGAGGCCUGGCACCAGAGCAAGUUUGAUGCCCUGAACAGGGAGAUGUCCACCAACACCGAAACCCUUCACACAUCCAAAUCAGAAAUCACCGAACUCCGUCGCACCGUCCAGAACCUGGAGAUUGAGCUGCAGUCGGCACUGAGCUUGAAAGUCUCGCUGGAAGGCACCCUGGCCGAGACGGAGUCCCGCUAUGCCGCUCAGCUGCUCCAAUUGCAGGCCAUCGUCACCAGCCUGGAGGAGCAGCUCGCUCAGCUGAGGGCAGCCAUGGAGCAGAGCAGCCUGGACUACCAGAGGCUGCUGGACAUCAAGACUCGCCUGGAGAUGGAGAUCGCCGAGUACCGCCGGCUGCUGGAUGGGGAGGAUCGAAGUCACAUUGUCGAAACAACGAAGGACACGUCCCACUCAUCGAGCAAGACGACCACCACCAAGGUGGUAACCAUUGUGGAGGAGCUUGUCGACGGGAAGGUGGUGAGCUCCUCCUCAUCCUCCACCUCCUCCAGCAAUCUGGUGAAAUCCUAGAUGGCCAUCGGCAGGAGUCAGCCAUGCUGCCAGUAGACACUGAAAUGAAAAAAGCAAAAUAAAGUGUGCUGCAGAA